CUUUACGUUACCGACGCACGAUGACUCCGAAAUGAAACCGCUAUCGAGAAUUUGACAGUAGCGACGUAUCUUGUGUCAGACAACUAUAUUUCCGCUCAGUACCGAAUGAUGAAAAAUGAUAGAAAACAAAGCAACCUCAGCAAUACGUAAACGUAUAUAAAUAAUUGAACUUGCAAUCGUCCGUCUGAGUAAACAAAUUUCGUAGUGAAAUGAGUCAGGGAUCAAGGUACAACGGCUGCGAUGCUUGAAGAGAGGGACAAACGGAAAAAAGAGAAACAGAAGAAGAAGAGAAUAAAAGAAAGAGUGAGCAACGGAGAGGGAGGAAUACAAAGCCAUAGGGCAGCUGAAAGCAGCUGAAAGGAAGCUGACGUCCAGUCACGAGUCACGACGAUCGCGUCGAGUAAGUGUCAAACGAACGAUUUUGCUUUAUCGUAUCACGUCGAUCGGACCACCUGUCAAUUCACAGCCUUGGCAUUGAUCUUGAAACACGUACGUAUAUUGUGCAGUCACAGGAAGGAAAAGAUUAUUCGUUUUAUCCAUGAGAGGAAGAUCUCGAUUUAAUCACAGCCAUGGAUACAGAACUUGCGGACCAGUCUUAUAAAAUUCAAGCCGUCGAUCGUGCACGUAAAAUACCCAGCGUGAAUUACUUGUGGGAUAAAUCUACCGAGGUGUAUGAACGCGUCAAAGGCACAAAUACUUUUGUGAAUUGGGCUUUUGACACCGUUGAGAGUGUGGUGAAUACAAUGAUAGAGAAAUCCUUGCCGGUCGCUCGUUUGAUGGAGAAACCAAUUUAUACGUUGGAUAAAACAUUGUGCCAGGGCAUCGAUUUCGUCGAAGUAAAUCUGCCUAUAAUUAAAGAAGAGCCUAAACAGAUAUUAAAUCGCACCAAAUCUAUCGUAUCUGAACGUCUCCGUCCUGCAGUUAAAACUUUUACCGACCUAAAGCAGGAAACCAAGCAGAAAGUACGAGUUAUGACUUUACUUACGUAUUAUAAGGUUCAUUACCUACGUAUCUACAGCUGGCAACAAGCCGACAGGGUCAUGUCAACUGAAACCGGUAUCAAUAUUUUGAAGACUGUUGACAACACUACUGAUUUUGCUGAAGUUAUGUUAGACAAGUAUCUACCUCCACCGGAGGAAGAAACUCAUACUGAUCCAGAGCGGUUAUGCAGUGAACACGUUAAGCUGCAUCAUACCAUGGAAAGACUAAGCGAAUUCAGUACUAGAGCAUACAGACGUAUUUACUACGCGUUAAUGGAGAGGUUGCAGCACAUGUAUAAAAUAGAAAUACUUAUUUUGGUAUUACAUGCCCUUGUGGUCAUUCAGGCAAUCAAGUUUUUGGAAACGGUAGUGAGUUUUAUUUUUAAAUUAUUCAGCGACUACCUCUUUUCGUCUAGAGACACGCUCUAGUUCGUUCUAAUCGCGUAUGUAAUAGCACUUAAGAAAUCAGACUAUUUUCAUCACUUUUACACAAAAAUUAUUCCCGCCACGAGUACAUUUUACUUGCAAACUGCGAAUUUUACUUAAUAAGGACAUCGUGAAACGUGUGACUAUUCGUAGAAUAAUUUCACGGUCCAAAAUGAAUUAAAAAGAAGAGCUAUGAGCUGCUCUCAGCUAUGAUAUAUAACAACGUUUCUUCUGAUUUUUCGCAUUUGCACAUUUCCGACCUUUUAAAUAAUCUUCCAACUGUCGUAUGUUAACAAUGAUAAUCCAUUUAUUUUUAAGAAGAAAAUCUACAAAUGUAAACUAAUUUUAUAGAGAUAAUCCCCUUUUUAAAUACAGGAUGUUCCAAAAGUUUUCUUUUAAUCGUAAAAAAUAUUAUAGUUAAAUAGUAUGGUAUAGUUAUAUAUUAUAUACAUAAAUUUUCAAAAUCUAAUUAAAACGUAAAUAAUUCUAAUUAUUCAACUUGAAUUAAAGAGCUUUGAAUUAUAAAGAUUUAAAAAUUGAAAGAUUUUGGUACAUGAAACAAGUAAAUAAAAGAAUCAUAGAAUUUAUAACAAAUUAUUUAAUAAAAUAGCAUUUUAAUUUAAACUUUAUUAAAAUUAAAACUUUAUUUCAUCAAAAUAUUCAAUUUCGAAAGAGAUGCAAUUGUGUACAUUAUGCAACAUCCUGUAUAUUUAUAAUCAUUUUUAUUUUAUUAUAUGUUAAAUGUGCAAAAAGGCUAAAAAUGAAAAGAAAAUAACCCUGUUCUUUGUAUACUAAACUACCAUGUGUUAUCCACAUUCAGAUUUUUAAUCUAGUUAAUGUGUGUUUGUAACGUGUGUUGGAUCAGAUUGUUAGAUUAUAUAUUUGCAAGGAUGAAUCACCAAAGCAAUUAUCGUUGUUCUUAUUUAGAGAAUGUAGCACGAUAUGUUUCUAAAAGAUUUAUCCGUGUUUUUAUAGAUAACUGCGUUUUUCAUACCCUGUUAUUACGUGACAGGCAUAUGUACUUGAAAAGCGUGGUACUCGCACAUGACAUGAACGCUUACUUUUAUUAUAUUUUCAUUACGUUUCUUUUUUUUAUUUAGAUUUGUAUAUAAAUUUUUUUUUUACGCAAACAAGCUAUUUAACCAAAUAUAACGUUAUUCUUGAGCAAAAUUGAUGCCGAAUAGAAAAUAGCGUUUUAUAUGUAGUUAUCUACACGGAAAGAAUAAUUUUACUGUAGCCUCUUAAAAUUUAGUUAAAUACAGAUCAGAAAAUAAUUUUAUAUUGGGUCAUCAAAAUAAUUAUGUAGGACGUGAUAAUGUUGCUGCAAACAGUUUUGACAUUCUAGCAACCAAAUUAAACAUCCAAUACAGUUUUUAAAUAAUUCAACGAUUAAAUGGUUAAAUAGCUAAUCAUUUUCAACAAAAUUGUUAUUGCCGUGUAGAUUAGUGCAAUAAAAUGUAUGAAUAAUUAAAAAUGUUAAAGCAAGUUGAAAAUGAAAAUUUUAACUGUAACGACUGUGAUGAAAAGAAUGACUCUAAUUUAUUCUCAUUUCAUAUCACAUCAUUCUGAUACUUGGAUAAGAUAAAUGUGAAUAAAUUAAGCAAAUUAUAAAUAUAAGAUUUUACACACUUGAGAGAGAGAUAAUGUUAGAAACUAUUAUAUAACAAAGAAAAUAUAUGAUAUGUUACAUGGGAAGGAAGAUAGUUAGUAAUUAGAAUGCGAAAAUUCGUAAAGUCCCAAAAUAAAGAAGAGUCUCAUACGAAUCAACAUAUGUUCAGAUAUUUGUUUUUGUUUUUUUAAUUGUGUAUUGUUUUGAAUUAGACAGUUGUCUCUAUCUUGCGGGAACGCUAAUAGCGCUAAUAAUGUGAAAAAAUAAACGAGAUUCUGUUUAGUUUAAUGAAUGAUACACGCACAAAUAACCUCCAUCAUACGCUUCGCUUUAGAAUGGUUCGUCGUAAAGCUUCACAAAUUUCCGCAGUCUACUUAUAACGAAGCGAUAAAAGUGACUUAUAAGGCAUGUAAAUGUUUGUACUUACAUUAACGAUAUGCGAAUCUGCAAUUGUUUUCACUCUCUGUACUUACUAAUGCAUUUGUAUAAAUAAUUGCGUAUAAAAAUGUGCAUUGAAGGCGCUGUA